AUGAACUGGGGAAAAAUGGCUUUAGGAAAUGACUCUUCAGUGAAAGAAUUUAUCCUGCUGGGCUUGACACAGCAGCCAGAGCUCCAGCUGCCUCUCUUCUUCCUCUUCUUGGGAAUCUAUGUGGUCUCUGUGGUGGGGAACCUGGGCUUGAUUGUUCUGAUUGUGUUGAACCCUCACCUGCACACCCCCAUGUACUACUUUCUCUUCAACCUUUCCUUCACAGAUCUCUGCUACUCCUCUGUCAUAACCCCCAGAAUGCUGAUGAGUUUUGUGAAACAGAACGUCAUCUCUCAUGCUGAGUGCAUGACUCAGCUCUUUUUCUUCUGCUUCUUUGUUAUUGAUGAAUGCUACAUUUUGACAGCAAUGGCCUAUGACAGAUAUGCUGCCAUCUGUAAGCCCCUGCUUUAUCAGGUCACCAUGUCCCAUCGGGUCUGCCUCUUGAUGACAAUGGGUGUGUAUGUGAUGGGGUUUGUGGAAGCUAUAGCUCAUACUGCCAGUAUGGUACCCCUGAUAUUCUGUGAUGGUAACAUCAUCAAUCACUACAUGUGUGAAAUAAAUGCUCUUCUAAAGCUCUCCUGCACAAGCACUUUCAUCAGUGAGCUGGUGGUUUACAUUGUUGCAAGUUUUAAUGUAACAGUGCCCAGCCUGACUAUUUUAAUUUCUUAC